AUGGCCAAGUCCAGAGGCCAUCCCAAGCUCCUCUCUGCCAGCGAUGGCGGCAAGAUGAAUGCCGCCGAGCGGAAGCGCCUCUCGCGCUACUCGCGCGGCGAUGGCAACUCAUCCAAGGGCGUCACAAAGCCGGGGCUGAAGCGGUCGAUCAAGCGGGGCGAGGCGAAGAUAGGAGCGGCGGAGCGCAAGGCGGCGCAGGCCGAGGUGCUGCAGCCCAGCGAGGCGGGCUUCCUCGAGGCGGAGGGCCCGCUCGAGCGCACUUGCAGGGUGCGCCAGUCGCAGCUCGCGGCGAUGGUGGACGAGCAGACGGCGGCAAAGGCCUACGAGGUGCAGCUGCCGGACCUCGGGCCGUACCGUGUCGCCUUCACCGCCAACGGACGCCGCCUCCUCCUCGGAGGGCGAAAGGGGCACGUCGCCGUCGCGCGGUGGGAGGGAGGGUUCCACGUCCUCUCUGAACUGCAGCUGCGGGAGACGGUGCGAGACCUGACCUUUCUGCGCGACCACACGAUGUUCGCCGUCGCGCAGCACAAGAACCUGUACAUCUACGACGCCUCCGGCACCGAGCUGCACUGCCUCCGCUCGCACCGGCCGGACGUGCAGCGGCUCGCAUAUCUCAACCUCUGGACCGCUCCCGUACCGUCUCCUCUAGGCGAAAACGUCUCCGACAUCCGGACGCGGCUCGGCGAGUGCGACUGCAUGCGCGCCUCGCCGUACAACGCGGUGGUGCACCUCGGGCACACCAACGGCACCGUCACGCUCUGGACGCCCAACAUGCACGAGCCGGUGUGGGACGUGCGCACCUACCGCCCGCUGCACUCGUACCGCACCCCGCGGCCCGUCACGUCGAUGGACGUCUCCGACCGCGGGCUGCUCGCGGCGGCGUGCGGCGCGGCGGUGCAGGUCUUCAAGGACGGCCUCGCCGCGCGCGCCUCCGCGCCGCACCGGCUGCCAGGCCGCGAGGCGACGUUGGUCCGCUUCUGCCCGUAUGAGGAUGUGCUCGGCGUCGGCCACUCGCGCGGCUACUCGUCGGUGCUGGUGCCGGGCGCCGGAGAGCCAAACUUUGACGCCUUCGAGGCGAACCCCUUCGAGACGCGCACGCAGCGGCGCGAGGCGGAGGUCGACCGCAACCAGGGCGAGCGGCAGCGCGAGAUCCAGGCCGCCAACGCGGCGCGCAUCGCCGAUAUCAAGGCGAACCGCAGGGCGAAGCGCAAGACGCGCGGCCGGUCAAAGGCGUCGCGCCGCGCCGCCAAAAAGGAGGGCAACAUCAUCGACGAGAAGCGGCAGCGGCGCAAGGCGCAGCUCGAGGCGCAGGAGCAGGCGAAGAGCAAGAAGCGGACCAACCGCGCCAGCGGCGGCGCGGGCGCGCCGCCGAAGCCGUACGACCCGCUCGACCGGUUCGUGGCGCCGCCCGCGCCGGCGCCCGGGUAG